UUUUUAUUACAUUUCUUUCAACGUUUGAUCAUAAUGUAUAAAGUAGAGCAAGGAUUAGAUGUGGUCACUACAGAUGAUCAAAGCUCAGCCGCAAAAAUUAUGAUGUUUGUUAAAAGUAAUGCCAAGAAAAUAAGUGAUUGUGAAAAUAAGAAUAUCAUACUUGUAAUGGGAAAUACUGGAGCGGGAAAAACCACUCUAGUUUCACUAAUGACUAAAGUAAAACUAAUCUCGGAAGAAACGGUUUCCAAUUCUGGUGAAUUUAUAAUAUCAGACGAAAAACAUUUGAUUAGUGGAAUAUCAACAACAGAGUCACAAACAGUAAUACCAAAUUUAAUGGUUCAUGCAAGAAGCGGUGCAAUCUAUUUUGACUGUCCUGGUUACAAUGACACACGAGGUGUGGCAAACGAUAUUUCGGUCUCCUAUUUCUGUCGAACACUAAUAGAAAAAUCCAGUUCAAUUAAGUUGGUAUUUGUGGUCAGCUUUUCGUCAGUUCAAAACGGUUCUGGGCAUCGUCAUGAUUUUCUGAAUUUGGUAAAACAUGCAAUCACUUUUAUUAAAGAUAUUAACAAAUAUGCUGACGGAAUUGCAUUGAUUGUUACGAAAGUCGAAAAUCGUUUUAUUAUGAAAAGUGGCCAAAUUCAAUUGGUUGAUGACAAAGCAAUAAUCGAUACGAUCGCUGUUUUUCUCCAACAAGUUAUAAGCGAUUUAAAACAUCAAAACGAUGAAUAUUUGGAGAAAGAAGAAGAGAACAACAAAAUGAUCGAAUUUAUUGAAAUAUUUUUGAAAAGAAAUAACAACUGCUACGAUCGCAUUGGAAUUUUUCGAUUUCCAAAUCAGAAUGGACCCAUUAAAGACAUUGAAAUUUUACAAAAAGAACGCCGGUGCAUCAAACGUAUAAUACACGACCAUCUAUCUUAUGUUCCAAAGGCGAAUGGCGAUUUUGGUUACACAGUUUCAGACGAUACAAAAAAUCGCAUCCAUAACAUACUUGAAGAGAUGCAGAGUCAUUUAUUGAAUGAUGUGGAAUGCAUCGGUAACGAAAUAAAACAGUUCUAUGUCAAACAAGAAGGGUCUACUAUUGAUCUAAAAUUGUUGAUCAACGUGAUGUCCACAGCAUAUGAGAAAAUAUCCGAAGUGAGAUAUGAUCAAAUAAAUCUUUUUGCGGAAAACUUUCUAAGUGUCGCGAGAAAUUUGAACAUAAAAAUAUCCAAUCAAAAUAAGAAAACAUUUUUGGAUGACAUUGAUUUGGUCCAAUUCCUUCUGUUGGUGAGCAACGCUAAUUUAUCAUAUUCAUUUCACAUUUCAAAUGGCUUGACUGAUAUCAAACAGUAUUUAGAUGAAUCACAUCGAUGGUAUAAUUUCUUAAUGACUUUCCAUGACAAAUUGUGCGCGUACGAUGUUCAAAAUAAACUGAAAUAUUAUGAAGCAGACAAAAAUAAUUUGAUGCGCCAGUGUGACAUACAGAAAAAUGUGUACCGAAAUAUUGAAAGUAUCGGCUUAAAAUCACUAGCUGAAAAUGUUGGUUGCCAAACUUAUUACACCGUGGAAAAUAUUCGAUUGAAUUACUUCAAGUUAAAAACGCUCCAUGAAAUAUUACAUCGAGCGUUGGACGGUACUUUUGAAACCAAUCGCACGAAAAAUAAAUUGGUGGUGAAAGGAUAUAAUGUGAAAAUCAAAGAUAUUGAUAAUAUAAGCAGUGAAGCGAUCAAAUAUGUGGAAAUAUUUGCAAUCAACAAUUUAUACAUCGAUGCUGAUAUCGAUAAAACUGGUCAAAAUGCACAAAUUACGUUCAUUGCACCAAAUUGGCAUGUAAUCGGUGAUCGUCAAAUUAUUUUAAAUGGCGAAGAUGGAAAAUCACAUUCGGAAUCACAUGCAGACGGAGAAGAGGGAACCGAUGGCAAGCCAGGCAAUCCGGGAGGUGCAUCCGGUAAUUUCUUUGGCUUUGGUCAUAAGUCCUUCAACGAUGAAUAUCUCAAAAUGUAUUUAAGAGGUGGAAAUGGUGGAUCGGGACAAGACGGUCGAAAAGGAGCAGAUGGAUUCGAUAGCAAGACACCAACCACUCCAUCGUGGUUCAUGUUAAAUCCAUGGAAAGAAAAAUGUGAUCUAGAGCAUAAAAAAUCAAGUUUAUUCGACGCAUUCAUCUUUGGUAAAAAUUCAUACAAAGUCAUUGAAAAAAAAAGCAAAAAGCCCGGGAAUGGCGGCAAUGGCGGAGUUGGAGGUUUGGGCGGAUCGGGUGGUAACAUUCUUAUCAACGGUUUCAAAGAGUAUCCAAAUUUUAUCAUUUCCAGAAAUAAAGGUUCCGAUGGUAUGCAUGGAAAAGGUGGAUCCGGUGGAAUUGCAGGUUGCAAAACGGCUGUUGAAGCAGAAUACAUACAUAUUUUGUACUUUUUGGAAUUUUCAUGGAACAAGAACAUUACUAAAUCGGAUACGAAUUCUCGUGAAAAUGGAAGCAAUGGUCGUAUUGGAGGCAAUAAUAAAGGUAUAAAACAUCCAGAUGAAUCAGAGUCGUUUCACAACAUUUCCGGAAUUAUUACCGAUUAUAAAAACUAUGCGGAAGCCAAAAAGAAAAGUACUAUGCAUGAAUCUUAUAUAAAUGAUUUCAUAGCCGAUUUAGAUGUGAAACUGGACGAUAUAAAAAAACAGAAAUCAGGUAGAUUUAGUAGUUUUUUUUUAAAGCUAAGCCAUCAACACAUUUUUUGUUGAAUAACAUUUAAAAUCAUAGUAUGAUUUAAUUGAAAUCCAUGCAUAAGCACGAUAUAUA